CGCCGAACCCUCGCAUCACACCAAGAUGCAACCUACCCCCAAGUUCCAUACGAAAAAGCUGAGAGUGUCGGAGAGAAGAGAUUUAGCCAGUUCGACCUCGACGGGAAAGUGUUCGUGGUUACAGGUGGAGGUCGUGGACUAGGACUAUGCAUGGCUGAAGGGCUCGUAGAAGCUGGUGGCAAGGUGUACUGCCUCGAUCGGUUGCCAGAGCCUCCUCAAGCGUUCCAAGAAGCCCAGACACGGCUCAAGAGCAAUCACGGUGCCAGUCUGGAGUACCAUAACGUGGAUGUGACGCACGAGGAGGCGAUGCGGAAGUGCAUCGGGGAUGUUGCGUCAAAGCAUCAACGGCUCGAUGGCCUUAUUGCAGCCGCCGGCAUCCAGCAAGUAACGCCGGCUAUCGAGUUCCAGAAGAAAGACAUUCAAAAGAUGUUAGACGUCAACUACACUGGCGUGUUCCUAGCAGCACGAGAAUGCGCCCGUCAGAUGAUGCAAUACAAGAUUCAGGGAUCGAUCUGCCUCGUCGCAAGCAUGAGCGGAACCAUCGCCAACCGCGGUUUCAUCGCACCUGUUUACAACUCGUCCAAAGCAGCGGUGGUACAGCUAGCACGGAACCUAGCCAUGGAGUGGGGAAGGAAGAAUCCAGACGGCUCAGGUGGUAUCCGAGUCAAUUCUUUGAGCCCCGGUCACAUCGUUACACCGAUGGUGCAGGCCAACUUCGACAAGGGCGAGGCGAAUCGCGAGGAAUGGGAGAAUAACAGUAUGCUGGGUCGGCUCAGCACGCCGGAAGAGUACAAGGCUGUGGGCUUGUUCAUGUUGAGCAAGGCAAGCAGCUACAUGACUGGGCAUGAUCUGAAGCUAGAUGGUGGUACUACUGCCUGGUAAAAGAGUUGUCAGGCGACGUGUAGUCUACCGUACGGUGCGAGCAUUCUCAGCGACAAGUCAGGCGUCAAGGUUAACGAAUUAUGACGAG